UGUAGUCGGCGCGCGGCAGGACAUGGCGGCGGUGGCGGCGCUGGGCGCCGCGCUGCUCCUCGCCCUCGGCGCCCACGCGGGSAAGUACUCGCGGGAGGCCAACGAGGGCCUGGCGGGCGCCAAGCCGCGCGAGGCCGCCGAGUUCCGCGUGGUGAGGCUCAACCAGGUGUGGGAGAAGGCGCAGCGGCUUCAUCUCUCUGCUGUGAAACUGGCAGAGUUGCACAGUGACCUAAAAAUACAAGAAAAGGAUGAACUAAGCUGGAAAAAGCUGAAGGCUGAAGGGCUCGAUGAAGAUGGAGAGAAAGAAGCCAAACUUAGACGCAACUUAAAUGUCAUUAUGACUAAAUAUGGCAUGAAUGGAAAGAAGGACUCUCAUCUAGUUGAUACCAACUACAUUAAAGAUGGUACAGAAAGUGAUACACUAGAUGAUCCAAGACUGGAAAAGUUGUGGAGCAAGGCCAAGACCUCUGGCAAGUUCUCUGAUGAGGAGCUGGAUAAGCUUUGGCGAGAAUUUAAGCAUCACAAAGAAAAGAUUCAUGAAUACAAUAUUCUAUUAGAGACCGUGAGCAGAACAGAAGAUAUUCACAAGAAUGUUAUCAACCCAUCUGAAGAGAACCUGGUAAAAGAAGAGGUCUUGCACAGCAAACACAGAGAACUCAAAGAGAAGCUAAGAAGCAUUAAUCAGGGGUUUGAGCGUUUGCGUAAAGUCAGUCACCAGGGAUAUGACACAAACAGUGAAUUUGAGGAACCAAGAGUGAUUGACUUGUGGGACAUGGCCAAAUCAGCCAACUUUACUGAGAAAGAACUUGAAUCUUUUCGGGAGGAGCUGAAACACUUUGAAGCAAAAAUUGAAAAGCAUCAUCACUACCAGAAGCAAUUAGAGAUUUCACACCAGAAGCUGAAGCAUGUGGAGGAAAUGGGAGAUAAGGAACAUCUGAGCAGAAACAAAGAGAAAUAUGCCAUGCUGGAAGAAAAGACAAAAGAACUAGGAUAUAAGGUUAAGAAACACUUGCAAGACUUGUCCAGCAGAAUUUCUCAAGGUCUUCAACACAAUGAAUUAUAAACACUUUUUUUUUCCUCCUUCAUGGGAUCUACCUGUUACUACAAAACAGAACGUUCUUCUGAAGAAGAGUUCUGAAGGCGUCCUUCUGUGAUACUGAUGAUUGAACUGAAUUGUCCUCCCUAAGAAAUUUCUUUUUUGGUCCACUGGUUUUGUACUUGCACUACGAAGUUAAAUGAUUAGGUAAUAAAUUUAAUUUGCACACUUUUCAUAGAAUCCUUAAGGUUGGAAGGGACCUCUAGAGGUCAUCUAGUCYAACCUCCUUUUUGAUAAUGUAAUUCUAAUGCCUGAAUCAAAUACUAGUCUUUGAAAUAAGCGGUUGUGUCAAAAGGAUAAACUUGAACUUUCAGAUAUUUCCUAGUAGUUGAAAAAAAUAAACCACUCGAGGUUUCAUGAGAGCAGUGGACACRAGCACAGAGAGGCAGGAAGCUAAAGCAGAGUCAGAAAGGAUAAGCAGGUCUUUUACUGAAUAAUUUCAGUGAUGUUGGGCCUAAUCCAGCUCCCACUGAAGGUAACUAAAUGUGGCUACUGCCUCUGAGCAGUGGCUCUGAGCUGCACUGUAUAUGAAUCCUGCAGGAGUAAGGAGAACAAGUACUGAGGUCAGUUCAUCUAGUUUAGUUGUAGACUAACAUGUCUGAAGCUACUGAA